CAAUCGUUGGGAGGCUAGUCCCAGGAUUCCACACCGGGGUGGGCUGUGCUGCGCUGUAAGAAAUUUGAUAUAUUUUAAAAAGGGGCGAGCGAGACAAUUGAUCUUGCAACUGCAGCAGUGAGGAGGAGGCUGCGGCAGCUCCAAAGGUGACAGGAAACGGGUGAAUUUCAAAAUAAGCAGCAGCUCUCUCAGUGCGUGUCGAAUGGGGUAUUUGUUCUGUUGAAGGAACAGAAAAUUAGUGGGCACAGCAGUAUGGAGGCAGAGGAUUUCCCUCCCCCACCACCUGAAGUUCUAGAAAAUGAAUUAAAAGGCUGUGGUACCAAUGAUGAAGAGGAGGAAGAAGGGGAACAAUUUGAUUUCGAUAGUGGCGAUGAAAUACCAGAAGCAGACAGACAAGCACUUGUGCCACCUGCUUCAGACUCUGGGAUUAAUGCAGAACAUGAAGACACUAACUCCACAGGGGAAGACAACAUAGAUAGAACUGAGAAAAUACAAACAAAAGAAUCCCGUGCAGAUGGUGCUCCAACAAAAGUAAACCCGUAUUCAGUCAUAAAUAUUUCACCAAUACAAGAAAAGGAUCAUUCCUCAUCACCAGAACCCAAUCCUCAAGAUGAAAAUGCAAGCCCUAACUUAUCUGGUGUAUAUUCUGUUCCGGUGCCCUGUGGCUAUGCUGUACCAUCCAAUUUACCACUGAUGCUGCCGGCAUAUUCCAGUCCUGUCAUAAUACGCAGUGUUUCUGUGGACGAAGAAGUGGGUACGCAGUCAGUAACUGAAGAUGGCAAUAGUAAUUCCUUGAGCUCAGAGGAUCCCCCAAAUAGUGAAGAUAACCAGGUCAGUAAAGAAGAAGAUGCUCUAGCCAAAUGGGUUGCAGAUCCUGCAAACACAUCGUGGAUGGAAAACCCAGAUGAAGUAAUUUAUGACGAUGUGCCAAAAGAAGAUUCAGACACUGAACCAGAGGAAAUGAUUUAUGAUGAUGUUGAAAAUGGAGAUGAAGGUGGAAACAGCUCUCUAGAAUACGGAUGGAGUUCAAGUGAGUUUGAAAGCUAUGAAGAACAAAGUGACUCAGAGUGCAAAGAUGGAAUUCCCAGCUCCUUUUUGCGAGGCAACCACAAAAGACAUCUUUCUCAUGACCUAACCCGUUUAAAGGAGCACUAUGAGAAAAAGAUGAAAGAUUUGAUGGCAAACACUGUGGGAGCGGUAGAGAUUCAGCAACUAAAGCAAAAACAUGAGCUGAAGAUGCAAAAGCUCAUGAGAGCUGCCAGGGAAGGUACCAAAGAUGGCUACGAAAAGACUAAAGCAGCUGUGAAGAAAGGUCGGUCAUUCAUCAGAACCAAAUCCUUUAUUACCCACGAUCAUAAAGCAUCCUGUCUGGAAGAAGAGGAACUAAAUUUAUUUAUUGAUGUUGACUGUAUGCAUACAGAAGCAAUUAUGACUCCUAUGCCUGAAGGAUUAUCACAGCAACAGGUUGUGAGAAGAUAUAUUCUGGGCUCUGUGGUUGACAGUGAGAAGAAUUAUGUGGAUGCUCUCAAAAGAAUUCUGGAGCAAUAUGAGAAGCCUCUCUCAGAAAUGGAACCAAAGCUACUGAGUGAAAGAAAACUCAAAAUGGUCUUUUAUCGUAUUAAGGAGAUUCUUCAGUGCCAUUCAAUGUUUCAGAUAGCACUAGCCAGCCGUGUCUCUGAAUGGGAUUCUGUUGAAAUGAUUGGAGAUGUCUUUGUUGCUUCAUUUUCUAAAUCCAUGGUUCUAGAUGCAUACAGUGAGUAUGUAAAUAACUUCAGUACAGCAGUGGGGAUUCUCAAGAAAACAUGUGCCACGAAGCCUGCCUUUCUAGAUUUUUUAAAGCAAUGCCAGGAGUCGAGCCCUGAUCGAAUUACACUCUAUGGUUUAAUGAUGAAACCCAUACAACGCUUUCCACAGUUCAUUCUUCUGCUUCAGGAUAUGUUGAAAAAUACUACUAAAGGACAUCCUGAUAGGCUGCCACUGCAGAUGGCUCUUACAGAGCUCGAAACAUUGGCAGAGAAAUUAAAUGAAAGGAAAAGAGAUGCAGAUCAGCGCUGUGAAAUAAAGCAGAUCGCAAAAGCCAUGAACGAACGUUAUCUGAACAAGUUACUCAGCAGUGGAAACCGAUACCUAAUACGGACUGAUGAUAUGAUAGAAACAGUUUACAACGAGAAAGGAGAAAUUGUCAAAACCAAAGAACGACGACUCUUCAUGCUGAACGAUGUAUUGAUGUGUGCAACAGUGAGUGCACGCUCUUCGUAUGAAAGCAGUGGCAUCAUGGCAACUGGCCUAAGGUAUUUAUUAAAAUGGAGUGUGCCACUUGGACAAGUGGAAGUAAUAGAAUAUGGCAGCAGUGAAGGCCAAGGAGAGAACUGCAGAUUCCCACCUCAGCACUCAGCCGAGAAUGUCAUCGUUAAUGUUAAGCCAAACAAACUUUAUAUGGGACCAGGACAACUGUACCAUGAUUUGCAGAAUCUUUUACAUGAUUUGAACAUAGUCAGUCAAAUUAGUCAACUGAUAGGCAGUCUUAAAGGAAACUAUCAGCAGAGGAGAACCUCCUGGGGUGGUUCUGUGUAGAAGAUGAUGGGAAUCAGAUCAAAAAAGAGAAGCAUCCUCUCCUUGUUAGACACAUGCCAGUAAUGGUGGCCAAACAACAGGAAUUUAAGAUUGAAUGUGCUACUUAUAAUCCUGACCCUUACCUCUGUAGCGAAACUGAUUCAGAUUCCUGUUCCACGGAGCAUGGUUUUCUGUGGAUUGGCAGUUGCACUAAUCAAAUGGGCCAAAUUGCAAUUGUUUCAUUUCAAAACUCCAGUCCCAAGGUUAUUGAGUGCUUCAAUGUGGAAUCACGCAUUCUCUGCAUGGUCUACAUUCCAGAGGAAGAGAAACAGAAAGAGUUAAAUGUGGCUCCAGAGUCUGAAAAUAUGGCUACGAAAACCUUAAAAGUGCCUACUGUCUGCCUGGGCAUGGAGGAAGGAAGCAUUUCUAUUUACAAGAGUCAUCAAGGCUCAAAGAAAGUCCGACUUCAGCACUUCUUCACCCCAGAAAAAUCAACGGUUAUGAGCCUAACGUAUCUGUCGCAGUACUUGUUUGCUGGUCUGGUUAAUGGGAACAUUGCAAUCUACACAAAAGCAGAAGAUGGAGCCUGGAAUUCAGAACCCCAGAAAGUAGUGAAAUUAGGGGUUCUGCCAGUUAGAAGUCUACUCAUGAUGGAAGAUACCAUUUGGGCUGCGUCUGGUGGACAAAUUUUUAUAAUCAGUACUGAGACACAUACAGUAGAGCGCCAUUUUGAAGCUCAUCAAGAAGAAGGUAUGGUGAUCUCACACAUGGCUGUUGCAGGAGUGGGAAUCUGGAUUGCCUUCACAUCUGGAUCUACACUCCGCCUAUUCCACACUGAGACACUGAAACACCUCCAGGACAUUAACAUUGCCACUCCUGUUCACAAUAUGUUGUCAGGACACCAACGUGUUUCUGUGACCAGUCUGCUGGUGUGCCAUGGAUUAUUGUUAGUUGGAACAAAUCUGGGUAUUAUAGUAGCACUACCAGUGCCUCGUUUGCAAGGAAUUCCAAAAGUAACGGGAAGGGGAAUGGUAUCCUAUCAUGCACAUAAUGGCCCAGUCAAAUUCCUUGUAAUGGUUACAGCUGUAAACAAGAAAAACAAAAGCAAAUCAAGAAACAGUCUACCUCCUAACUCCGAAUCUAAAGAAGAUGACCAAAAAAAUGUCCUGCACAAUGACAGACCAAGCUCUUCCCUAAGUAACACUCAUGAUACUGCAGUAUGGCUAGGUGGUUCAGUAGGAUCCAUUGCACAAAGAAGUGACAUGUCUUCAUCUUCUGGGUCCCUAACAUUGUCUCAUGGGUCAAAUUCCCUAGAACGUAGGCCGGAGGACAGCACCAUUUAUGAGCUCUUGAAGGAUCAAAACAUCUCACUUAAAAAUAAAAGACAGCGAUCCAGGAAAAUGAAAGCAAGUUCAGUAUUAGUCAUCUCUGGAGGACAAGGACAUAGAAGGGUGAACAAGAAGUCCAAGCAGCAGCGACAGGAUGAACUGGUAUCUUCUGUGAUGGUUUGGCAGAUUCCGCUAUUAAACAUCUAAGUGACUAAAACCAUGUUAAAUGGUGACUUUUUACAAAGUCAUUUGAUUUCAUUCCUAAACUCUACAUUUGUUAUGAUGCUUUGUCUUUUAAAGGGAUUUCUGAUGUAAUCUUACUACAGUGAAUACCAAGGACCAAACCCUGCAGCCAUUACUCAUGUGAGCAGUCCUGUUGAAGUCAAUUGGAUUGAUCACCUGGGUAAGGGCUGCAAGAUAGAUUCCUAACCUAUUUAGAACAUCCUACCUUAUUACAAUAUUGAAAAUAUUUAGCUGCUGCUGAGGGCUCUGCUACUUAAAAUAUUGGGGAUAUAUCAGACCCUUUUAAAUGGUUUUAGAAUCUCCACUUUAUUUAUAUUCAAGUUUAUAUCUGUCAUUAUUAUGAUUCGUAGCACUUAGGAGAGGCAGGGAAGAUAUACCAUUUCACAUGCUGUUUUUUGCUUUCUUAAGUCAGCACUUUUUUCAAAAGUGAUUCUUGCAUGUACUGUACAUUUUAACAAAGUAGCAAAUAUUUUGAGCAAUAAAUAUACUAAUAAAGGAUAACAGGUUAAUUCAGUAAUCACUAUAUAAUAUAAUUCAACAAGAAAGUGUAUGGGUUCGACCAAAAAAAUUAACAGUCAGAUAGGCUAAUUGUUUUUGUAUCUUUCAAAGCAAAAAUACAUUGUUAAUUUCUAAUGCUCAAUAUUAUUAAAAAACAAUGCUGGAGGGGGAAAAAGUGUGUUAACAGCAUUGGAAGAUGUGAUAUCUAUCUAUAUUGUUUACCUUUAUUCUUUAGUGGAGGCCCUUGCACAUGAUGAUUUGGGACAAAUAGAAAAUACAAUACAGGUUGAAGAUACAAAAUAGAUGUGCAUUCUAACUAACUUCUUGGUGCCAGUGUUGGUAGUGCAUUCUGUUUCUGGCAGUGGGGUGUACUUCUAGCAUCACGGGUAUGUAGAAAAUCUGUGUGCCAUUUUUAACAAUACAUAAAUUUUCAUUCUGUGAUAGCAGUGAAGCAAUUAAAACAUGAAGAGGUACAUGGUUACACAGUGAAUAAAUGCAGGGAAUUAAUACUGAGUAUAAGACCAUCUGAAUAUAUCAAUAUCUACAGGAAGCGCACAUAGUAAUGCAGGCAUUCAUCUGAAAUCAAUUAAUGUGCACUUUAGGCAUGACUACAGGCUAAAAUCCACUACGUAAUGUCGGUACAUAGAAGUGUGCUCUAGUGCUCAUCUGCAAGCAGCAGGGACAUGACCAUCUCUCAGUAGUAGUCACCCCUCCUAAGCCUGCCAGAAUUUCAGAUAAAUAGCUUCUUUUCCUAAAAUGAAUACCGUACUGUAAAGACAGAGCCAGAUUCUCUGCUGCACCCAGUCUUUGCUGAUGGUCACGGGGCAAGGAGGGUUCAAAUGGAUUAACUGGGGGUUUCUCUAGACUACAUCAGCUGGUAACUAACCCCAAGAGACUGUCCACCAGCUGAGAAUAUCUGGAUCUUUGCCACCUGCCCAUCCACCUUUCUGGCAUAUCCUGUCUCACCCCCCUUCCAUGUCCAGGGCCAGUGUGGAAGAGAACUAUUCUGGGGGAAUUCUCAACUAGAAAGAUCCAGGCAUUUUCCAGCCAGUUUAUGCCACUCCGGUAGUGCUAAGGGGCCAAACUGCAAGAGGGAACCUGGCCAUAUAUUCUCAUUUAACAAGUAGAAUUGUAUGUUGCCUCAUUAAGUGAGAGUGCAGUGGGAAUUUUACUAGAAUUUAGGGUGCUAUAGGUCAAAUUAUUUUAUGGGAGGGAAUAGCCACCUCAUUGGGUGUGAGAAUGAAACAAAGCCUCCAGUUCAGAAAAGGACUGUACUGAAGCAUGUUUGUCUUGAAUAUGGAUGCUUUUCUGAACUAGGAGGGGGAUAGCCUGAGUACUAGAAAACAUAAAAGAGGCCAGGUAAAUCUAUGCCUAUCAAGCUUCAUUUGGAUGUUGUAAACUCUACAGCGCAUGACCAUCAGCAGAAUGUAAGAGCAUAGAAUAUGAGCAAAACAUUUCCUAAAGCAGAAUAAAUGCCAAAUGUUUGCAUUGGCUAGAGUCAAGUAAACAACAUAAGGUUUUGAUUACCUAAAUAAAGUGCAUAUACUUUGGGGCUAUUUUUAUUCCAGCUUGGAAAAAAGGUUUCCACAUACUUCAAAUGACGUCCGUCACCUCUGAUAUAAACUGCUUAAUCUCACCAAGCAGUCAGAUCUGUGUGGGCAGACCCUUGUGGCAGCGCAGAAUCUUCAGUGGAAUUCUCCACAAGCAUAAAAAUCCACCUGUGCAGAUCUGACUGCAGGGUCAGGGCCUAAAUUCUUAUUCUAUGCCCAUUGCCAACGUAUCUGCUUGUUUCAUUGGGUGUUGUCCCUUGCUUACUUUAUUAAAGUAUUAAAUUUUGAUUAAAAUUUAACUUCAGGAUAAAAAACAAAUGUUGACUGGCUUUUAUUCAUAAACUAUAUGUAACCCUUGUCCUUCUGCUUCUCUGCAAAGAGAAGAAACCAGUUCUGAUUCCGCACGGUGCCCAUGUUUGGAAUUCUAUUGCCAGGCGUGUCUGGCAUGAAGGAUUGCACCCACAGUUACACAGCUCUUUAUUAUUGGUAACAGCGGGCUGGGUCCACAAGCCCCCGCCAUGUUGAACUGGAAUUCCAUGCAUGGAAGAUUUGCAGGAUCCGCUACGACAGCUACACAACUAUCUAUUUUAACAUUUUAGGAGACAAACCUCCUAAUAUGCUAGCCAAAAUAUACUUUUCUUUUGUUUAUAAACAGUAGAAACACAGCACAGUCAUGCUCCUAUGAAAGUCAAUGGGAGUUUUGCUACUGACUUCAAUAGUAACAGGACUGGGCCCAUGAUUUAGCUUUCUUUAAUUAUAACUUUUUGCAACUAAGCACUAUUUAAGCAUUACUAGGAUAUGAGGCAAAGAGAAGCUUUAGAGCAUGUUAUAAAACUAUACAUCAAAGUUCUAGCCAGAGAUCAAACUCAAUGUCCAAUGUUUGCUUUGUGAUAUACUGCUAACUUGUAUUACAUUAACACCAAAAGCAAGCCAAAGGUACUUUUACAGUCGAUAAGAAAACUUGAUAGAUACAUUUGACUGUGUUGCUAGGUAGGUCAGAUUUGGCUUCUAAUGUCACUUUAAGAUGUGGAAAAAAAUUAAAAGGAAAGGGGAAAUAGUGUAACCACUACAAUACAUUACAUGUUAUGUUUUUAACAAAUAAUAGCUAUGUUAUAGUGUGAGCCAUAACUGUGUAUUUGUGUCCAAAGUAAACUCAACAAAAUGUUUGUUUUAAAAAAAACUGUGAAUAAAAAAAUUAAACUUCAAAAAUAUAUUUCUUUGUUAAUCAUUUUACCAAUGGAAAACCUGAGGGCUACAAUUUGUGGUGUACAGAAAUAUAUAUCAAGAAUGUGCAUUCUUUUCAAAUGGAUAUGUGGAGGGGAAAGUAAGACAUAUACCUAAGAGACCAAACAGAUAUAUUUUUGAAUUUAUUCCAGCUCCACUGACCUAGUCACCACAAAAUACACUUUCUGUGGGUGCCAGAUACUGAAGGCGCCAUGGGCUUUCAAAACUUGCCACAGUGUGUCUGGACCCUAAUGCUGAUCCACAGUAAAAUUUCCACCACACUGUCCCCAUGGAAUAAAAUGUCCAAGUCUGCAGAGCAUUCGUGACAAUGCAUAAAAAGUGAAAUCCAUUAAUGAGGGAAAUGAGCAUGGGGAGGGAGUCAAUUCAUGUUAACACAGGAAAUGAGUUUUCAGAGGCUGCCUGAUAAUUCUAUUGCAGUUAAUCAGCCCUAAAUGGUAAAUGGAGGAGUUCAUGAUCAGGGCUGGAUUAACGCAUGGGCUUUAGGGGCUACAGCCCAGGGCCCCAGGCUAAA